AUGGCCAACGCCCCUCACGGUGGUGUCCUCAAGGACCUUCUUGCCCGCGAUGCUCCCCGCCAGGUUGAGCUCGCCGCUGAGGCCGAGACUCUCCCCGCUGUGACUCUGUCUGAGCGCCAGCUGUGUGAUCUCGAGCUGAUCAUGAACGGAGGUUUCUCUCCCCUCGAGGGUUUCAUGAACCAGGCAGACUACGACCGUGUCUGUGAGGAAAACCGCCUUGCCGAUGGCAAUGUGUUCUCCAUGCCCAUUACCCUCGACGCUAGCCAGAAGGUCAUCGACGAGAAGAAGCUCCAAGCUGGUUCUCGCAUCACCCUGCGUGAUUUCCGUGACGAUCGUAACUUGGCUAUUCUUACCAUUGAUGACAUUUACCGCCCCGACAAGACUAGAGAGGCUAAGCUCGUCUUCGGCGGUGACCCAGAGCACCCGGCUAUCGUGUACCUGAACAACUCCGUCGAGGAGUUCUACAUUGGUGGCAAGAUUGAGGCCGUCAACAAGCUUAACCACUACGACUAUGUCGCCCUCCGCUACACCCCCGCAGAGUUGCGCGUCCACUUCGACAAGCUGGGCUGGUCCCGCGUCGUCGCCUUCCAGACUCGUAACCCCAUGCACCGUGCCCACCGUGAGCUGACUGUCCGCGCGGCCCGUUCCCGCCAGGCCAAUGUCUUGAUUCACCCCGUUGUCGGUCUCACCAAGCCCGGUGACAUUGACCACUUCACCCGUGUCCGCGCAUACCAGGCCCUCCUUCCCCGCUACCCCAACGGCAUGGCCGUCCUGGGUCUCCUCGGUCUGGCCAUGCGUAUGGGUGGUCCCCGCGAGGCCAUCUGGCACGCCAUUAUCCGCAAGAACCAUGGUGCCACCCAUUUCAUUGUCGGACGUGACCACGCCGGUCCUGGUUCCAACUCCAAGGGCGAGGACUUCUACGGCCCAUACGAUGCCCAGCACGCCGUCGAGAAGUACAAGGACGAGCUCGGCAUCGAGGUCGUCGAAUUCCAGAUGGUUACCUACCUCCCCGACACCGAUGAGUACCGCCCCGUUGACCAGGUCCCCGCUGGCGUCAAGACCCUCAACAUCUCCGGUACCGAGCUCCGCCGUCGUCUGCGCUCCGGCGCCCACAUCCCCGAGUGGUUCUCCUACCCCGAGGUUGUCAAGAUUCUGCGCGAGUCCAACCCCCCUCGCGCCACCCAGGGUUUCACCAUCUUCCUGACUGGUUACAUGAACUCCGGCAAGGACGCCAUCGCCCGUGCUUUGCAGGUCACUCUGAACCAGCAGGGUGGUCGCUCCGUCUCCCUGUUGCUGGGUGACACCGUCCGCCACGAGCUCUCUUCCGAGCUCGGCUUCACCCGCGAGGACCGCCACACCAACGUCCAGCGCAUUGCCUUCGUUGCCACCGAGCUUACCCGCGCCGGUGCCGCCGUCAUUGCCGCCCCCAUUGCUCCCUACGAGGAGUCCCGCAAGUUCGCCCGCGACGCCGUCUCCCAGGCUGGCUCUUUCUUCUUGGUUCACGUCGCCACUCCCCUCGAGUACUGCGAGCAGUCCGACAAGCGCGGCAUCUACGCCGCUGCUCGUCGUGGCGAGAUCAAAGGCUUCACUGGUGUCGAUGACCCCUAUGAGGCUCCUGAGAAGGCUGAUCUCGUUGUCGACUUCUCCAAGCAGAGCGUGCGCAGCAUUGUGCACGAGAUCAUUCUCGUUUUGGAGAGCCAGGGUUUCCUGGAGCGUCAGUAA